UAGGUCUGCUUCUGAGGCAAGGUGAAUGUGUUAAGUAUUUUGUGAUUGGCUAAUCGAGUUGUUGCCCCAGGAACGGCUUGAACGUUGGCUCUGGAGGAACAGCAAAUAUAUCUUUGGUAACAGCUUCGUAUUGAAAUCAAGGCGUGUCGAGAGACAGAGGGGUAAGAGCAAAACGGGCAACAAAUGUCUCAGCCUAUUUGUUAUGCAUGUAUUUCCCUUUCAUUUUUCAAGGGAAGUGUGGGCGGAAGUGGACGGACGGAACACAAAAGCUAGGUUAAAAUAUGAAUGAAUUCAAUUAUAGAAACUGCUGUCGUCGCUGUGGAUUUCCUGUAUUUGAGGGUAUGAUUUGGUUAUGUCAAAUAUCUCCGAGCUAGUAAAACUAAUACUUUUCCAGUACAAAUAUUCUUCAAAGAUCGUAAUACAAUAAUGACAAUAACAAUAACAAUAUAAAGAAAACACCUGAUUGAAAUCCUCUAUGACGUAUAUAUAUAUAUUUAAUAAUAAUGAUUGUAUUUUUUAUUUACGUCUGCUGCACACACACACAGAUACUAUAAUUGAACAGUAUAAAAUAUACUAAAAAACAAAACAAAAAAACGACUCGAGUCAUUAGGUUUAUUUUAUAGAUCACAUUCACACAAACAAGCUGAUGGUUUUUAAACAAACAAACAAAAAAGCUAAAUAUAUUAGUUUAUUAUGUAUGGAUAAAGAGAGCUACAUUAAGAAAAAAAACACAUUUUUUAUUACAACCUGAAUUAACUAAAUAAUCAUUAUUAAAAAGAAUAAACAAAAUUUUAAAAAGAAAUGGCUGCCUUAAGUGCAAGAGGUUUUAUGAUCAACGUUAGACUUUUUGUCACACGGACCAACAUCAAUCCAUAUACAAAGCUUAACUCAAUGAAAAUAUACCUCGGUAAAACUAAGGGCCUGACCUUAAGUAGUGUUCCCAAACUCACUUUAGCAUGCUGGGGUGUGGGGAAGGCAGUGCUUUCGGUGGUCAAUUGUCAAGAGGUGGCUCUGAAGGAAGCUGAUCUGAAACUGCUUACAACCUCCCAGGCAGAGAGUUCUCUGUUGAGUCUUCAGCUGCACAGACUGCGAUUCGCUCUUGACUUGGGGCUGAGGUCCUUUGUCCUAUUCCUGAAGUUCAGUCCCUUGCUCCUGCUGUACCCUCUCAGCCUGGUCUCCCACAGGCUAGCCUCGCUGUGGCUGGACCUCCUCCUGUGGGCUGCUGAGUCAUCUGGGCCCACGUUUAUCAAGCUGGGCCAGUGGGCUAGUACUAGACGGGACCUGUUCUCGGAGGAGUUCUGCGACAGGUUCUCCCGGCUUCACGUCAGAGUGCAGCCACACUCCUGGGCCCACACCAAGCGCUGCCUGAGGAAGGCCUUUGGGGAGGAUUGGAGGAGCCUGUUCCAGUUCGAGAGCAAGGAACCUGUGGGCUCGGGAUGCGUGGCGCAGGUCUACAGGGCUCUGGCUCACGUGGACAGAGUGAAAGACCCUGAGUUUCAUCAGCUGGUGGAUUCCAUGGAGAAGGAUGAUCUGUAUGAAGCAUGGGAGAUCCCUGGGCUGAGGGGGGUGUUCAGGGCCAUGGUAGGGAGGCAGGCUGAGGAUGACAGCGAGGAUACAGCAGAAGGAAGUCUGGAGAGGACCAAAAAGGAUGACCAAGACGGGGAGCACAUCAUGCCAGUAGCUAUUAAGGUCCUUCACCCUGGGAUUGCCCGGCAGGUCCGGACAGACCUCCUGCUUAUGAAGACUGGGAGCUGGCUGAUGGGGUGUCUCCCAGGGCUCAAGUGGCUCAGUCUGUAUGAGGUUGUGGAGGAGUUUGAGAAGCUCAUGACCCGACAGAUUGACCUGAGAUACGAGGCUAGAAAUAUGGAAAGAUUCCAGGAGAAUUUUCAUGAUGUGGACUUUGUAAAGUUUCCGACUCCCCUUCGUCCUUUCAUCACAAGAAACAUUCUAGUGGAAACAUUCGAGGAGAGUGAUCCCAUUUCUAAAUACCUAGCACAGGAUAUCCCAGCAGAACUGAAGCAAAAAAUUGCCAGGAUGGGAGUGGACACACUCCUUAAGAUGGUGUUUGUAGAUAAUUUUGUGCACGGGGACCUGCACCCCGGUAAUAUCCUGGUGCAGUGUGAGAAACAAAGCGACCCCCUUGGCACAGCUACACUGCUGGACUUGUGUGACACACUGAUUGUGAGCGUGAAGCCUCCAACAACUACACUGCACCUCGUGCUAUUGGACACCGGGAUUGUGGCGGAGCUCCGAGAGAGAGACCUCCAGAAUUUCCGCUCUGUUUUCACUGCUGUGGUGCUCGGGCAGGGCGAAAGGGUGGCUGAGCUGAUACUGCAUCAUGCUCGAGCCAGUGAGUGCCGUGAUGUGGAGAGGUUCAAAUGUGAGAUGGCUGAGCUGGUGAAUGAGGCUAGGAAAAAUACUGUCGCCCUAGGAAAGCUCCAGGUUGGUGACUUACUGUCUCGGGUCUUCAAGCUGCUGAUCACACACAAGGUGAAGCUGGAGAGUAACUUUGCCUCGAUUGUUUUUGCCAUCAUGGUCCUUGAAGGACUCGGGAGGUCUUUGGACCCGCACCUGGAUAUUCUGGAGAUUGCUAAACCCCUCCUGCUGAAGAACUGUGCAUCAUUCGUCUGACACAAACUGUACCAACACAUCUGAAAUCCAGUGGAUUCACACCUCCAGAAAAUCAGAUAUUCAUCUAGAACUUCAAAACACUCAGAGGGAUUUAACAGUGCUGUAAAUGCUUUAAAAGAAAACAAGCUGUGACUUAUCCUGGUAGUGUAUAGGUUGAUCAAAUCGGCCCCUAAGUCAAGUGGACAUACAUUGCAGCUCGGGUGUUUACCAGUCACUCGGUAGAAGUGAUUGAUUUUUAGUUCUCCAAGUCAAUCAAAAAGUACUUAUCCUCCAAUGAUUACAUUAAAACUACCUUAGCUCAGAUGUAUACUGUGCAUCUUUACAUGGUGUUCAAUUUACGUAGACCAGGCAGACUGCCAUAAUAUGCUGGCCAAACAACUCCUUUUGUGGUAUUGAGAGUUGCUUGCCCACAGACGGUCAUUGCUUUAGUUAAGCUAUCAACAGUGCAAAACCGAAUGUUUGUUGCAAAAUGUAGAGACAACAUACAGUCCACAUUCAUUUUCUAUUCAGCAUGCAAGGAGGCAGACACACUCCAACGCUUAACUUUCAUAUUCAAAACUGUUAUUUAUGCUUGUAACUCUUUGUUAAAAGUGUAAAUGAUGAAUAUAUUUCCCUACUACCUUUUUAGGGUGUCUAAUGUCCCUGGACUGGCUCUAGUGUUAAAAUGAAACACAAAAAUCACUGAAAUUGGUACAAACUGUCUCAUUCUGAGCUCAGAUAAAUGCAAGUUUAAUUUGUGGACUGUCUUGUUGAUUAAUUGUUAUUUUUCAAUGACGUAAUUCAACCUUAUGUUUUGUACAAAAUAACGGAUGAAUGAUUACCUCUGCGCCUAAUUUGGGUGAAGUCUCAUUGACUUUUAAAUUGUUGUUUUUUAAAAUAUGUUUAUUAAUCACUCAAGAUAUAUGGAUUUUGUUAUUAACUCUUUCUUAAAAGCAGA